AUGAUGAUGGACCCUUCUCACAUGGGGCACCACCACCCUCAUACCCAUCCGCACGCACACCAUGCCCCCCCUCCUCCCCAGGGCCACUACGGUCCCUCCAUCAUGGCCCCCCUCUACCAGCCCAUGCCCACGCCCACAACCCAACCGGGGCCGCCCCAUCACCACCACCACCUCUCGGCGGGCUCCAAGCGUCCGCGACCAGACGACCUAGACUUACACGCGCCACCCGGCCUCCACCACAACACCCUGGAUCAUCACCUCGCUGGCAUGCACACCGCGGCAGCAGCGCACACGCCCAUGUCGGCGACGUACGCGCAGGCCGUUCCCGCGCACACGCAGCAUCACCACCACCACCACCGACUACCCGACUCGGAACCGGCGGCCAAGAUGAUGCGGCGCAGCGACGACAUGGACGUCGGCGGCCUGAUGGCCGGACCGUCGUCCACCAGCGUCGUGGGGCAAGAGGGCAUGCCGGAGCCGGCAAGGAGGCCCAAGGGUCCUAAGCUCAAGUUCACCAGCGACGACGACCAGCUGCUCAUCGAACUCAAGGAGAAGAAGAAUCUCACCUGGAAGCAGAUUGCCGACUUCUUCCCGGGAAGGUCAUCCGGCACUCUGCAGGUGCGGUAUUGUACCAAGCUCAAGGCUAAGACGAAGCAGUGGAAUAGGGAUAUGGACGUCAAACUGCGAUCCGCUCUAGACGACUACGAAAACGACAAGUGGCGCAUCGUAUCGUCCAAGCUAGGAACGGGAUUCACGCCUGCCGCCUGCCGCGAGAGGGCAAACGACCUGUGGGGUAACGAGCCGCCAACAGACCUGGAGGGUAUAUCGUCACCUCAGGGGGAGGAGUCGUCACCGCACACUCAUCAGAGCGAGGACAUGUAUUCGAGGCCCCUCGAGUGA